CGCGAAAACCGAAAUUCGCAAAUUGCGGGAUCUUUCUCUUUUAUCCUAAGAUGUAAUUAGAAUGACAAAGAUAAAUGCCCGUAAUUGACAUUGCAUGCUCUUUGAUAGCCGGUCUUUGUUCUCUCUUAUUUAAAUGAUUUACUCUCUGGCAACCCACACUACUGUCAGUGUCAGUACAGUCGAUCAUCUAUAUUUACUAAAAAAUUGCUUGUGGGAUUUUUUACAUUAAAAUGUUACGUGUCUGGGAUUUAGUGAGUCUUUUGUCAUAAUUGUAACAGUAAACAGCUUUUAAUACGUCAGUCACAUUUUAUCUACAUAUGUAUAAUCCUGGUUAGUUUUUGUUUUAAUGAACGUAACAAAAAGGAGAUAUAAGGAAAUUCAGACUGCUAUUCAUAGUCAUGGCAUCUAAACAGAUAGACAUCAAAACUAUAUUGGAACAGUUUCAAAAAGAUGUAGAUUAUGCUAUUUCUGAAUCAUCAAAGAAGAAUCAAGCACAUAGAAGUUCAGACUCAAUUCAUGGGACAACUAGUGAUAUUAGAAAUGAGAAUGUCGGUAAGAUAACUCGGACAGUAACAUCGAAAAGACUAUGUGAUGCUAAAAUAGAGCAGGAGCACAAUUCAGAUUUAAAGAGACCAAAAAGAAUGUCUAUUAAUGACUCGGAAUUGAAAUUUAGAUGCAGUUUUUGCUCCGCGAGAUUCCCUUCUCUUACUAUAGUAAGAGACCAUACCAGAGCAUGCCAUAGAGACGAAAAUGAACGGAGGAGAGAAGGAAAAUCGAAUCACAAUAGCACUAAACUUAAAUCUGUAGUAGGUAAUGGUACAACAGGAUCAAAGUUAUACCAACACCUAGAGAAGAAAUCAACAUUUCUGUUUAGAUGCAACGCUUGCAAAUUUGCUAGUGUAUCUUAUAACCACAUUAUUGAACAUUGCCAAUAUCAUGUUGUCACAUCUGAAAAUCCAGAGGUGUUUGUCUCUAGAAACUCAACAAGGAAAUGCGUAAUAUCUAAUGCGGAAUUUGAUGUUGAUUUUGACACAUACAAUGAAUGUAAAUAUGGUUCAGAUUAUGCUUAUACAUUAAUAUAUUGCGACUAUAAUCUUUUGAAACAGGACAAGUGGCCAGGCAUUGUGGAUGACUUACCGAAGCCAGAAAUAGACAUGAUUAACUGUAAUAGUAUAUAUUAUUUCACACGAAUUGUUCGCUUGACAUCUCGGAAAAAGGUGUCAUCUGCCCCAUUUAUGAUCUUCCAAUGUGAGAAAUGUCUGAAAUAUAUUGAUCCACAUUCCGUAUUGGCACAUGUCGUAGAAAACUCAUGCAAUAAAGAGCUUGCUGAAUUCCCUUGUUAUGAAUGCAAGAGACCAUUUCUUGAUGAGAAUACCAUGUAUCUACACUAUAAGAUGCAUCAAGCUGCAGUCAGCUCUAAUAUGAAGUUCAGGACAGUAUUUUUCAAUCAUAAAGAUGAUGAUUUCUUUAAUGCACUUUUACUAAAAGCAGCUGGGGUUAUAAUGCAAAAUGUAUUAAGUAGAAAAAAAAAUGCACUGCAAAAACUAUUAUCUGAUGAUGCGAAGGCGCAACUUCAAGUAAAAAUUAGCCCUGCCGCAAACAUCCUAAAAGCUAAUGAGCAUGGCCUGCAAAAUGGACCAAGUGGAUCAAACUUUCCACAAUUAAGACUGUCAUGUGAUAAAGCAAAGACACAAAUUCAAGUAAAAAUGAGCCCACAAGCUAAAGAUGUUCAAAAAGUUACUGAAGGUACCUCUCAAAAUGUACCAGAUUGGUCAAAAUUAGCACGACCAACACUGUCAUCUGAUAUAAUAAAGACACAAGAAAAUAACAGCAUCCCAGUAAAGGAUAUUCGAAAAAUUACUGAGCUUACCCAGCAAAAUGCACCAAGCUCACAACUACAGAGAUUACUAACAUCUGGUGCUGCAAAGGAACCAAUUCAAUUGAAAAUUGUUCUUGAAAGACAUGAUGCUAGAUCACUCCUUAUUCCAGGAACUACAAUUGGUGUUCAAAACAAAACUGUGUCAUCUAAAAUCACCAGUAAUAUUGCAAAAGAUACAGAUAAAGCAACUACAGUUUAUAAAUGCCAAUGUGACUUAUCCUUCCAUGAAUUGGAAUAUAUGUUCAGACAUCUGGGAAAAUGCCCUUCAGAAAAGUCAGCCAGAAUUUCUUGUGUUUGUGGGUUAGUUUUUGAUGAACAGCAAUAUCAACUCCAUUAUGGUAUUCAUAUCCAAGGUUUCACGAAACUGAAUGUAAAAAGAAUUACGAUGUGUGAUGAGAAAAUAUUAGGCAUAAAUAACAAAGUAAAUGAAAAAGAAAAGAGAGAAUUAGACUACAAUCAACUUUGCAAUAAAGCAAUUUCGGAGCUUAUAAAUAUAAUACAAAAUGUAGCUUCAAGUUUGCCACAUAUUAGAAAGAUCAAAACAGAGGUAAAGGAGAAAAUAAUUGAAAAUGAAACACGGUCUGCUGGUUCAGGGGAUGAUUUAAUUACAAAAGCUAUGAAAUCUCAAGGAACAAUGACUGAAAGGGAAACACUGAAGUCAGUGGGGACAGACACAAAUGAUUUAAAUAUAUCAGUGUUAAAAUCUCAAGGAACUAUGGCUAUGAUAGGAGUACAAACUGUUCAUGAAAAGAAUAAUGAACUUUGCAAUAGAAAACAAGUUAUUAAUACUAAGUUGGUGUGUUUAGGGACAGAUGAUUUAAAUAAAUCAGUCAUGAAAUGGCACAGUCAGGCACAAACUAGUGUUGAAGUGAAUAAAGAAUUUAGUAAUACACAACAAGCUGGUGAUACAAAGUCAGUUGAUUCUGUGUCAGAUGAUUUAUGUAUAUCAGUUAUGAAAUCUCAAAGUAAAAUUGCUAUUGUUGUACCAGAAAUACAAACUGCUUAUGCGGUAAAUGAAGUAAAAAAUAAUAUGAAAGACGAUGCUAAAACAAUGUUAGUUCGUUCAGGAGCUGGUGAUAUGAAGACUAACACAGAAGCAGUACAAACAGAAAUGUCAAGCAGUUGUUUUGAACUAAAUAUUUCAAAUGCAAGAGAAGAAAAUAAUGAUAGAUUAACAGAUGAUGUGAACAAUACAUUUAUGAAACCAAAUGAAAAUCUCAGUUGUGGCGCAGAUAAUACAGACGAAAAUCAGUCCAUGGUUGAAACUACAAUCGAAGCAGAGACGAAAGAAUAUGUUACAAACAAAGCUCAACAUAGUAAUGAUUCCACUGGAAAUAUUUGUGAGAAAAAUAUAAAUAUUAGUGACACAAAACAUGAAGAUCACAACAAAACAGUGAUUAAAGAAUGUGAUCAAACACAAAAGUCACUCAACAUGGAUCAAGAGAAUGACGCACCCGAAACACAGACUGAUAACAACAAGGAAUAUGAAAAAACCAGUGAAACAAAUGAAUCUGAAAACAAUAAAGAUGUGAAUGAAACUGAGCAAGGCAGUACGGAUAGUAAAAUUUAUACGGAAGAUGAAUUGCUGAAUGGACCAGAAAAUCCUGAAAUGCCUAUUUACUUUGAUGUUGUCGAAGAAUCACUGGUGACUGAUGAUGAAGGUCUAAUACUACUUUAUGAAGAUGAUGAAACGGAAGAUUAAAAAAAACGAAGGAUGUACAGAUGUAUGACGAUAACCUCGACGUUAUUUUAUCCGACACAGUACAGAGCACACUGUCUGCGUGUGCAAAAAUUUUGGACCCGUGCACGACUGCACGCACACGUUACGCAAGCGGUGUCCCGGGGCCUACCGCGAAAACCGAAAUUCGCAAAUUGAGGGGAUCUUUCUUUUUACUCUCACUAAGACGUAAUUAGAGUGACAAAGAAAAAUGCCCACAAUUGACGAACUUCGAUUUUCGCGGUUAUAGCACCCGUAUCUCAUAAGGAUGUGUAUAUAUAACAACGUGCAAAGUGCAUGUCUACUCGCAAGCUUCCGGCGUGUACACGGGCCUUUAAUGUUUUUUUAACUCUUGUAUUAAGUUAUAUUAAUUUGUAAACGAAUAAAUAUUAGUCCUAAUUUAUGUAAUGACGUAUCUAACAAUAAUGAAUUCCUUAUUAAAUGAUUUUUGAAGA